AAUCAUCAGUUUGUUAUGAAGUCUUAACAAAUCAACAUGAAAGUUUUCGCCUUCUUCAUACUCGCUUUGGCUUUGGCCGCUCCAGCUUUCGGCAAGACUUUCGAUCGCUGCUCCUUGGCUCGUGAGAUGUCGCGCUUGGGUGUGCCCAGGGAUCAAUUGGCACGCUGGACCUGUAUUGCCGAACACGAGAGCUCCUACCGUACCGAUGUUGUGGGCCCACCCAACUCCGACGGUUCCAACGAUUACGGCAUCUUCCAAAUCAACAACUUAUACUGGUGCCAACCGGCCAACGGUCAUUUCUCCUACAACCAGUGUCACAUUGGCUGCAAUGCUUUGUUAACCGACGACAUUGAAACAUCCGUACGUUGUGCCCAAGAGGUUUUGCGCAUGCAAGGUUGGCCCGCCUGGUCCACCUGGAAGUACUGCAACGGUGUCCUGCCAAGCAUUGACCCAUGCUUCCAAACUGAGUAUGAAUUUGAAUUUGUAUUACUUAUCAACAUGAAAGUUUUCGCCUUCUUCAUACUCGCUUUGGCUUUGGCCGCUCCAGCUUUCGGCAAGACUUUCGAUCGCUGCUCCUUGGCUCGUGAGAUGUCGCGCUUGGGUGUGCCCAGGGAUCAAUUGGCACGAUGGACCUGCAUUGCUGAACACGAGAGUUCCUACCGUACCAAUGUUGUAGGUCCACCCAACUCCGACGGUUCCAACGAUUACGGUAUCUUCCAGAUCAACAGCUUAUACUGGUGCCAACCACCCAACGGACGUUUCUCCUACAACCAGUGCCACAUUGGAUGUAAUGCUUUGUUAAGCGACGAUAUUGAAACAUCCGUACGUUGUGCCCAAAAGGUCUUACAGAUGCAAGGUUGGCCCGCCUGGUCCACCUGGAAGUACUGCAACGGUUGGUUGCCAAACAUUGACCCAUGCUUCUAAACUGAGUAUGAAUUUGAAUUUGUAUUACUUGAUUAAAUAAAUAAAAUAAAAUAAAAUGGAAUAGUACUAGUAUAGAUAUAUAUGACAACUAUUUUUUGUGAUUAAAAAUGAAAAGGAUUUAUAAUGAUAAAUAAUCCUAUUUUAUUUUAUAUAUUGAACUAUUAAAAGAGGUGCGAAAUUGAGAACUAAUAAAAAUAAAAGAAAAUAUA